UAUAUACUCACCUUGCUCGUCGAGUCAACCUAAGUACCUCUCUCUUUUCUUCUCUUGUUGACAUCGACCGACUCCAGAAGUUACAUUCACUCAUUUCAUAAAACAAUCCCAACCCCGUGUUUCCUCGUCGAACACAUCCAUUCGUUACUUAUCCCCACAUAUCCAAAACCAAAAUGAAGGCCUUCAUCGCUGUUCCCGCGCUCUUCGCCGCCGCCGCCGUGGCCAGCCCAAGCUGGUCCUUCACAUUCACUUUCUCCGACGCCCACAGCACCUGGACCUCGUGCACAUACGCGACCGCCGCUCCCAACGCGACCACCGCCGUGCCAACCUCCAGCGCCUGGACUGGCCCGUCCGAAUGGACCUCGACCACCAGCUACAACGCGACCUUCAGCUCCGGCUCAAGCACCUGGGCCGUCCCCGAGACUGUCUCCUACAGCCUCGGCGAGACCUGGACCAGCAUGAUCGCUGCCACUGUUACUCCUCCCUCCAGCACCGUCUCGGUUGAAGCUACCACCGCUGCCCCAGCCACUACGACUCCCGCUUCCACCACGGCUGCUGCUCCUGCCUCGACUUUCACCGGUGCUGCCAACGUCAACGGCAAGAUGGCCGGUGGUGCUGCUUUGGCCUUUGCUGGUCUCGCUUUGGUUCUGUAAUAGGCAUCAGUCUCCCAACAGAGUUCACAACCACACAGACAUCUGAGCCAGAAAGAAAAGGAAAAAGCAGCCAGCGGUCCCAAGCUGCGGCAAGUCAAAUCGAGCCGUCCUCACACGAUACCCAGAGUCUGACGCGCGACGAAAUGUACAAGCACAUCCGCUACGUGCCCGCAAGGCUCUAGGCACGACGACUCCUACUCCUGCUCGUGCAUCUGGAAAUGAGCAGAAGGGCCAAUCAAUCCAUUAAUCUUUUCAAACGCUCAUCGCUUAAUGAUCCCUGUACAUAUAUCUUACAUAUCUUACUGCUUAUAUACCAAUCCUAACGUCUGAGCUUGGGAAAGAAUAUCCGGUUGGAAACACAACUCAUGGGAAGUGCACAUUUCCCCUUUUGUUCGGUCCAACCUUUACGCUAUCCUUCUUGCCAAUGACUCCGAGUAUUUUGGGUGUCAAGCAUCAUCCUAGAAUGACAUGUGUACUGUACUGCCCAUGCAAAGCACUCUUGCCAGCGUUUGGACCCAGCGCGCCCUUCAGUCUCAUAGCAAGCCACAGAGCAACUUCACAC